AUGAUGCCGGGGAGGGCACCAUCUGAUUCAACCCUCUCGUUGUCCUCCAGCUCAAGCGACUCCACCACAGAUGCACCGAGAGCUGAGACGGACAGGAGUGAAGUUCGUGAAAAAUCCACACGGCGCCACCGCCGGCAGCUAAUGCGUCAGGAGAGGCUCCAGGAGUUCUUGCAGCAGCAUCAGUUUUCACAGGAUGUGUGCGAACCACGAACACCUGGCUGCUGCCUUUUCGUGGACCGCGAGAUGGUUUAUCCGAUUCAUAUUGCCGCGCAAGAGGGUGACCAGGAGCUCAUCCGCAUGCUGAUUGCAAGCAACGCAGACCUGAAUCAACGGACCUCAAAGGGCCGAACAGCUUUGGAGUUUGCGGAGGAAGCGGAUAGCCAUGGCUCCCACAGCGGCGUUUUGGAGUUUCUCAGGAACGACGUCAAAGUACUGGGCCUUCGACAGGCCUUGCAACUCUUGGACAAGGACAAGCAGAAUUGA